AUGGGUUGGCUUGAAUAUGUUGCAAAAGAGAGAAAGAAGUGGAAAAGGGAAAAAUCGUUUCUUGAGAAGAUCCGAUAUGCGUCUGUCAAGAAAAGUAAAGAAAGGAGAAAAAAGGAAAAACCAGGAAAAGGCCAGAAAGCAACUCGAAUUAAAACAGAUACGAGAAAACAAGAAGUUAUUGCAUCUCUCAUUCAUCAAGUCAAAACUGAACGCAACAGUAAUAGACAACACCUUCAUGACAGUGUAGUCAAUGAUAUCCAUCAAAUUGUAAGAAAUAGUCGAUCAUUGCAAAAACGUCAGCGUCUGGACGAUUUGUAUAAAGAGCAGCUAAACGAAACCCGAACUACUCCACAUUAUCAGCAACUUUUAGAUGUUAGAAAGAAACUUCCAAUAUUCAGUAUGCAAAAUAAAAUCCUCAAGUCUAUUCGUGAUAACCAGGCUAUAGUAAUAAGUGGCCAUACCGGAUGUGGUAAAACCACGCAGUUACCACAAUUUAUACUUGAUGAAGCUAUUGAUAAUAACAAUGGGUCGUUGUGUAAAAUUUUAUGCACACAGCCACGACGAAUUAGUGCUAUAUCUGUAGCCGAACGUAUUCAAGAUGAGCGUGGAGAGAAAAAGCAGCCAGGUUCUAGUGUUGGCUAUCAGAUAAGGCUUGAAACUAAACUACCGCGACGUUAUGGAUCAAUAAUUCUUUGUACAACUGGCAUCUUAUUACGUAAAUUACAAAGUGAUCCGCUACUUUCUCAAUACAGUCAUCUCAUUAUUGAUGAAAUUCACGAAAGAGACGCUAUGUCGGAUUUUCUGCUGAUAUGUUUACAAGAUAUAUUAGUUAAAAGGCCCGAUCUAAAGGUUAUCUUGAUGAGUGCUACCCUAAAUGCUAAAAAAUUUUCACAAUACUUUAACAAUUGUCCUAUUAUUGAAAUUCCUGGAACUCUCUAUCCUGUUAAACACUACUAUUUAGAAGACAUUAUCACUUUCUUGAAUAAUAGAAAAAAUUAUUAUCAACCAAAAGUAAGAAAUCCACAAGACAGUGGUGAAGACAAAAUGAACAAUGAGAUCAUUUCUUCGGAGACUGAUGCAUGGUAUAAAUAUUUAGAAACCACCUCGAAUAAGUAUUCUCCAACAGUGGCCAAAUCGAUAAAGCAAAUGGCAUUCAAGAAAUUAGACUUUACAUUAAUACAAGAUUUAUUAAUUCACAUUAAUAGUAAUAUGGAGGAAGGUGCAAUUUUAUGUUUUGUUCCUGGAUGGGAUGAUAUUCGUAAGUUGUAUGAGACAUUGAUAGGAAAUCCACGUUUUUCAUCAGAUCAAUAUGUAAUUCUUCCAUUGCAUUCGCAAUUAUCGACUGCAAAUCAGCGUAAAAUUUUCGAUAAGCCGCAACAAUCAGUUCGAAAAAUUAUUAUUGCUACCGAUAUCGCCGAAACAAGUAUUACUGUUAAUGACGUAUGCUUUGUGAUAGACUGUGGAAAAGUAAAAGAGAAACUCUAUGAUGCGGUCGGCGGCUUUGAAACUCUGGCUCCGGUUUGGACUAGUAAAUCAUCGGCACGUCAACGGGCCGGUCGGGCUGGAAGAGUCCAACCAGGCCAUUGCUUUUACCUUUAUCCGAAAUUCAUAGCACAGCAUAUGCAAGAGUACAACUUACCCGAAAUACUAAGGACUCCUUUGGAUGAACUGUGUCUACAAAUAAAAAAACUUAACCUAGGCAUGAUAUCACCUUUCCUAUCAAAAGCGUUGGAUCCUCCUGAUGAUGGAGCCGUUGCAAGAGCGAUACAUCUAUUAAAAGAUUUGAACGCUAUGAAUAGUGAUGAAUCAUUAACACCUCUUGGCUAUUAUCUUGCUACAUUGCCUGUUGAUCCCCGAAUUGGAAAGAUUAUUUUAUUUGGUGCUAUGUUCUCAUGUUUAUAUCCUGCGGUUGUCAUUUCGGCAUUCUUAGCUACCAAAGAUCCAUUUAUCUUUCCCAUGGAUCGUAAAGCUGAAGUGUACAAAAUUCGCAAAAAAUUUUCUGGCAAUUCAUUUAGUGAUCACUUGACAUCAGUUGUUGCAUUUUACACAUGGGAAAAGGCUAUGCAAAGGAAAACUGCAGCUGAAUUCUGCCGGGACAAUUACUUAUCUCAAAGCGGCCUUCGAACUAUUCUUGGAUUAGCUCAACAAUUUUGUAAUCUCCUGUAUGAAAUUGGUUUUGUUGACACGAAAAACAUUAGAUCGCAAAAUUAUAAUUAUAACUCAAGCAAUGAGAAACUUCUCAAAGCAAUAAUAUGUGCUGGUCUAUAUCCUAGUGUUCUCCAGAUAAAGUAUAGAAAUAAUAAGAGAAGGUCGCCUAGAUUUUAUACUCGUUCCGGUGAGCAAGUUAAUUUGCAUCAAAGUUCUGUUCUCAGUAAUUAUAGACGGUUUGAUAGCGAUUGGUUAGUCUAUCAUAAGAAAAUGAAAUUAGGCGAACAGGUUCAUGUAUUUGACACGACGAUGGUUUCUCCUUUAUCAUUACUCUUUUUUGGAGGUGAUAUUGAUGUAAAGCAGCAAUUAAGACGUCAAUUGGAUAAUUACUUGGAACAGAAAAUUAAUCAACCGUCAUUAAAACUAACAGCAUCAGAAGACUCUUCUGAUCUUAAAGGGAGAUUAUUACAUGAAAUCAUUUCCCUCAUAACUGAAGAAAAUGUAUCUGAGCAGAUUAAAAGAAGGAAAAUUUAUGAGCCAAACUGA